AUGAUCUGCCGUCAUAGGACUAAUUUACGCUAUCAUACAACUGUACUUCACAAUCUGCCAGUUCGCCACCGGAACGACAAAUUCGUAAUAUCAUAUCUAGUGGCGACGGGUUUGGCGGCAGGAUUUAGAGUAACCAAAGAUUUAAAAGAUGCAUUUAUAGCAUUUGUCGAAUCUAAUUCAACUGAUCCCGUGGAUGAGUUCUUCAGCAAGGGAUACGCAUCGGCCAGUCUUCUCCUAUUUGCUUUCCUCUGUCUUGCCGAUCUGUUUUCUCAUCUCUUGCCAUUACCAAACGAUCAUUUUAAGUCUCAUCAUGAGCAUUACAAAUACCAUUUGCUUUCAGUCAAGACCUUGCUUCAUCCUUGCGAGCAUGAAAAUGAUGACCAUCUUCCUCAUUCACAAAGCAAGGUUAACAAAGUCUUUACUGAGCAAAACUUGUGCUUUAUAGAUACCAGACAUUUCUCUUUUGUUGUGACACCUAGUCAAGAGAAAGUGAGCUCUUGUUCACCUUAUGUUUAUUGA